GCUAAACGGAGGACCACGUUCACCACUAACUCUGUGCAACAAAAGGAAUUCAAGGUGGGGGAUGAAGUAUUCGGAGACAUUCAUGAGCAUGCUUUGUACCCAAAAGGAUGUGUGGGUCACUGGCGGAGUACACUACAGUGGAGGAGAAGGUACUAGCUUUGAAGCCUAAGAAUUUGAGUUUUGCCAAGGCAGCUAGCCUUCCUGUUGCCAUUGAAAUAGCGUACGGGGAACUUGAAAGUGCUGGGCCUUCAGCUGGUAAAUCACUUCUUGUUCUGGGUGGUGCUGGUGAAGUUGGAUCUUUUAUCAUUCAGGUCUAUGCAGCUGCUACAGUCUUUCUUGUACCUAUUUUGGAGAGGAAGGGAAAUUUCCUGAGGUGA